AAAAAUCAAGGUAAAUGAUGGCAUGAAAUACUUGAAUUUGGUUUCAAAUUAUUCAAUAUUAGAUCGAAGUAUCAAAGAAAACGUUGGAUCAUGGGAGAUGCACCUAGCCCCUCAGUGUUGAACUUUGACCCAAAGAAAUCAACAGAAAAUUUCGCACGACUCUGUCAGUUCUUGGUGACAAUCUGUGGUGACGUCAUGAGAGAUAUUCUCACUCAUUUUAUAAAGCCAGUCAAACUAAGAACGGAACUGGACCAAAAUAGAUCAAAACUUGGAAAAUUAAAUGCACAGGAAAGGGACUUGCUGUAUCCUCCACAUCUAUCUUCCAGUAGUGUUCCGCCAAUAAGAUCCAGAGAUCUGGAUUUAUCAUUACUCUACAAGAUCUUGCGUAAUUUGUGCAACAUUCCGACACAUAUUGCUGGUUGGGGAAAUCAACCUCGUCCAUCGGACUUUUCUUUGGCUGCAUGCAUAGAAAGGAUCCGUAUCUUACGAAAUUCCAUCUCUGGACACUCUACCAAUGGUAUUGUUGAUGACGUAGAGUUUGAAGAUUACUGGAGAGAGUUAAGGACGUCUGUUGUAGAGAUUGAGAAGGAAGUCACCGGUAGCGAUAGAUAUGAGAGAGGAAUAGACCAUUUAUAUGACUGUGAUUUGAACCCGACCAAAUCAAAGGAAUAUGUGGCCCAAAUUAGGAGAUGUUCAGGGGAAUUGAAGGUUAAACGAGAGAGAAUUGAUCUGGUUGAAGAGGAAGCAAAGGCUAAAAGAGUAAGACUGGAAAAUGUAGAGGAAAGACAGUCAAUUUUAGAAGCCAGAUUAACAGAAAUUGUAGAGGGACUAUCAACUGUGAAAUCUGAUAUACUAAAAGAGUUUAAAUCAACAGUGUCGAGAUUACAACAGGAAAAGGAAACGUCAUCAAUCAGUAAUAGCGGGACUGAUAAUUACGGCGAGACUUCUACGAGCGAUACAUCAAUAUAUAGAACGAGCAAAUCAACAACAACAAUAAAAUUCAAGUCUUACCUGCAGGCCUUUCACUUCUCCAUGCAUGUGACAAGAGACAACAAAUGUUGGUUAUUGGUUCCUGACUACAGCUUAGAACCCUCCAGUGGUUCCUUUGAAAUAAAAAGGCUUCCCAGGUUAAAUCUUCUCAGUGAGAUCGGUGUCGACAAAGAAAUUAAAAUACCCGAGGAGUAUAACGCUAGAUUACCUUUAUGUUACAUGUCAGUCAAUGACGAUGGUGAGGCUGUGUUUAUUUCUAGAAAGUCCCAGAUAGCUGCUGGAGAGAACUUCGUUGUCUGCAAACUGUUUGAUAUUCCUGACAAUUUAAAUAAUUUUGGCGGUUUAUGCUUUAUACGUUCUGGUAAAUAUCUUUUUCUAAGUCUCACUGGAUUGUUCUUUGAAUAUAGUAAAAAAGGAAAUUUCCUGAGGCAGUGGAAAUCACCUGCAAUAUCCAGUUUAGAUUUUCGUCAAUCGAGUGUUAAUCAAAAUAGUAACGAUGACGUCGUUAUCACAAAAGGAAAUCCAUUGGAAAUACCCCAAGAUGUUUACAUUUUAAAUAAGGAUUUUGAUUUUAAAAGCCAAAUCAAACUCAGACAUGGUGGAAUAAUACCUCUGGUUUUCAACCAAGCUGGUCAUUUACUUCAUGGACAUGGCCAGUCCAUUGACCUACUAGACAGUAAGGGUCAAUUUAUUCAGACUAUUUAUAGAACACACAGACUCGACGAGAUAAGCAACAUGGCCUGUACUAGAAGUUGUACAAUUUGGAUUCUAUACACGUCUAAUGAAAUUGACAUAUUAAAACUGGAAAACAUUUUAUAA